UCUCCUUUUGUUUAUUUUUGUUUCGUUUGUUCUCCCCCUUGCACUUGCAGCGUACGACGAGAUCCGCUCCGGGGAUGAGCAUGGAGAGGAGAGCAACAAAUCAUGAGGGGCAUCUGCCUCUGCCUCUGCCUCUGCCUCUUCAUCUCCAUUUAUUUUAUUGAAAUAGUUCAGCAAAUUCCUUUCCUUUUGCUCCUUAACAUAUCAAGUCUUCGUUGAUUCUUGUUAGAUCUAGAUAGCGGGAUAUGUCGGGUGGAGAAUUCGGUGAUCACAUACAUAUGCUGCGAUCGAAUUCUCCAUCAGAGGAACCGGAUUUGGAGUCCGCGCAGGGAGGUGGAGUAGGGAGGAAGAAAGGAAUCAGGGACCUGCUGAGGCAUCUGGAUCGACAGCUCUCGGGCCGACGCCUAAGCCGGAAGCAUUUGGACAGGGAGCCUUCUGGUCCUUCGUCUUCAACGUCUUCUUAUGUUGUGGUAGGUGAUCAAUCGUCCCACGAUGCCCUCAGCGAUGGCGCUCCCCCUGAGUGGUUUUUGCUUCUUGUUGGCUGCCUCCUCGGCCUCGCCACCGGUCUCUGCGUCGCUGCGUUCAACAAGGGGGUACAUGUAAUACAUGAAUGGGCCUGGGCAGGCACUCCAAGUGAAGGUGCUGCUUGGCUCCGUUUACAGAGACUAGCUGAUACAUGGCAUAGGAUACUGUUAAUACCUGUGACAGGAGGAGUUGUUGUCGGUAUGAUGCAUGGACUACUAGAAAUAUUUGACCAAAUAAGGCAGUCUCGAUCUUCUCAUAGUCAAGGCAUUGAUUUGGUGGCUGGAGUCUUCCCAACAAUAAAGGCCAUCCAGGCUGCUGUAACUUUAGGUACUGGUUGUUCUUUAGGUCCUGAAGGUCCAAGUGUUGAUAUAGGAAAAUCAUGUGCAAAUGGGUGCUCAGAAAUGAUGGAAAGCAACAGGGAGAGGCGGAUAGCUCUUGUUGCAGCUGGUUCAGCUGCUGGGAUUGCCUCAGGGUUUAAUGCACCAGUCGCUGGUUGUUUUUUUUCCAUUGAAACUGUAUUAAGACCACUUCGUGCAGAAAACUCUCCUCCAUUUACAACUGCAAUGAUAAUAUUGGCAUCUGUUAUAUCAUCCACUGUAUCCACCAUUUUACUUGGAGAAAGACCAGCAUUUACAGUGCCCACGUAUGAUCUGAAAUCUGCUGCUGAACUACCUCUCUACUUGAUACUGGGUAUGUUAUGUGGAGUAGUAAGUGUAGCCUUCACCCGCCUAGUGAUUUGGUUCACCAAGUCAUUUGAAUUCGUCAAGGAAAGAUUUGGCCUUCCUGCUGUUGUCUGCCCUGCUUUAGGUGGUUUAGGAGCUGGGAUAAUAGCUCUGAAGUAUCCUGGAAUACUGUACUGGGGUUUCACAAAUGUCGAGGAAAUUUUACACACAGGGAAGAGUGCUUCAGCACCUGGAAUCUGGCUCUUAACACAACUAGCUGCAGCCAAAGUUGUAGCCACAGCACUGUGCAAGGGAUCUGGGCUUGUAGGUGGCCUCUAUGCUCCAAGCUUGAUGACUGGUGCUGCUAUUGGUGCUGUAUUUGGUGGUUCAGCUGCAGAACUUAUAAAUUCAGCCAUUCCGGGAAAUUCUGCUAUUGCCCAGCCACAGGCUUAUGCACUUGUAGGAAUGGCUGCUACUUUAGCCUCAGUUUGUUCUGUACCCUUGACUUCAGUUCUACUGCUGUUCGAGUUGACAAAAGAUUACAGAAUCUUGCUUCCGCUCAUGGGGGCUGUUGGAUUAGCAAUAUGGGUGCCCUCUAUAACAAACCAGCCGAAGGAGACAGAUGUGUCUGAUACACGAGGACCAGCACGAGGCUAUUCUCCUCUUUCACCUGUUGAAGACAAAAAUGAGGCUAUCUGGAGGCGAACUGAUGGUGGAAAUGAUUUUGAACUCUCUUCCAUUGCAAAUGUUGUUGGUCAUGAAAUAGAUAAUGAAUAUAUGCUUUUGGAUGACCUUAAGGUCUCUCAAGCAAUGUCAAAGGACUAUGUGAAGGUUUCACCAUCAACCACCUUAAUUGAGGCAAUCAAACUUAUGCAUGACUGCAAACAAAAUUGUGUCCUUCUGGUUGAUACUGAAGAUCUUCUUGAUGGGAUCCUUACUCUUGGGGAUAUCAGGCGGCAUGAGUCUAAGAUAUCUUUGGAUGUUCAAAAGGGGGAUUCCACCACUUUGGAUGUUGAUGCAUCCCUUGUUUCAUCCGUCUGUACUAGAGUAAUACACUAUCGUGGACGUGAAUGUGGACUCUUGACUUGUUAUCCAGACACAGAUUUAGCCCUAGCCAAGGAACUGAUGGAAGCCAAAGGAAUCAAACAGUUGCCUGUGGUUAAGCGUGGUGGAGAGCUGAGAAAAGAAUGGAAGCGUAAAGUCAUUGCUCUUGUUCAUUAUGAUUCAAUCUGGCGCUGUCUCAGAGAGGAGAUGAAUCGUCGAAACUCAGUCUACAAGCAAAAAGAAUUUCAGGAGGAAGUUAUUGUUAAUGGUCACUGAAUGUGAUGGUCACAUGGAUAAUUUUGAUACGAGUUCCAAAAACUCCCUCUCCAAGGUUGAAGUCUAAAGAAGGCACUCAGGUUAUAUUAUCCUAAUUUCAUAGUUUCACCCACUAUAGGAUUGAGAGGGAAAAGAAAGUUUUGGGCGAGAGGGGCUACAAUACUGUCACCAGUAUACGUCUGAGGGCUUGUUGGGUGUUMAUGGUCGUAUCUUGUUUAUCUGUAAGAAAGCCGGAGGGCAGAGAUGUGCGGAGAUGAAGAGUUGGUUGUGUAAUAUUGAUUCUAAAGUAUAUGACAAAAUGUAAUUAUAUGCAUAGAAAAUAUUCUCUCUCUCUCC